AUGGCCAGCGAGUACUUGGAGUUGGUCGAGGCCCUUCUUGCCCGUGUCGGCCACCGAAGCGGAAAUAUCGGAAUCGUCGCCCAUUGCGAUACCGCCACAAAGCAUUUGGAAGACAGCCUGCCCGAGGCUUGCCACGCCGUCCAUUUCGGUGAAUUAUCGUCGCUGGCUGGGGCUGAACAGCUCGGACUUGAUGGCCUCAUCUUCAACAAGACAAUCUCGCACGAGAAAGUUGUCAAGGAAAAACGACUCGACGACUUUGUCAAGAUCGCCCUGAAGUCGUUGAAGGUUGGCGGCACGUGCAUCGUGCGAGAGGAUCUUUCUGCCACCGCCGAGGGAAAAGACGUCGCGUCACUGACCGAUUUCUUCGACGUCUACCGUCACGAUGAAAACGGAACCCAUUACGGCUUCGAAUUCUACGCAUGCCAACCGGUCGUGGCCAGUAUUGCGGUGAAAUCGAACUAUUUCGACCUGUUCUGGACGCUGACGAAGAAGGAGUUUGCGCCCGUUAAGGGAGAUAUGUUGACGUUCCGCGAUUUCCUCGACAAGACCCAGUACACAAAUGAUGGCAUCGGGGCCUACGAAUACAUUUUUGGAGCCGAAUUCAUCUCGCCGGGCGGCUGGGACGAGAAUCUGCGCGUACUGAAACGGUUCGGCUCGUUGAAGCCCGGCCAAAAAAUGCUGGACAUUGGCGUCGGGAUUGGCGGUGGGGCCAGGCAGGCUGCUUCGGAAUUCGGCCUCGAGGUGACCGGGAUGGAUCUGUCGGCCAAUAUGCUGGUGAUCGCCCUCGAGAGAAAUCACAAGGAUCGGGAUACGCGUGUCAAGUACAUGAUCGGUGACGCGAUGCAAUACGAAUUCCCGGAGAAUCACUUUGACGUCAUCUUCAGCCGUGAUUGCGUCCAGCACAUCGAAGACAUCCCCGGGCUCUUCAAGCGCAUUAUGAAAUGGCUCAAGCCCGGCGGCCAGGUGCUGAUCACAAUGUAUGGCCGCGGUGCCGGCGAGCAGUCCGAGCAGUUCAAGGAAUACGUCAAGCAGCGAGCCUACUUUUUAAGAAAUCGCGACGAGAUUCGCAAGAUGGCUGUUGACGCUGGUUUUGCCGACGUGAAAGUCGACGAUAUGACGUAUCGAUUCAAGGAAAUCCUGCAGGCGGAGAAGCAGCGGUUGGAGGACGAGAAGACCGACUUUUUGCGCAAAUUCUCGCAAAAAGAGUACGACUCGCUGACGUCGGGGUGGAACAACAAACUCGGCUACAUCGCCGCCGACAACCACAACUGGAACUAUUUCCUCGCCACGAAACCCCUUCACAAA